AUGGCACGCCUCUACUUACCUGUAAUUGCUGUGCAGCUGCUCUUGCUGGUCGCCGGUGUGGCCGGCGGGCCGUGGCAGGAGUUCCUCCGCCCGCAGACCGAGAAGGAGAAGGAUGUCAUCGGGACGAGGUGGGCCGUCCUCAUCGCCGGCUCCAAAGGUUUCGAAAACUACCGGCACCAGGCGGACGUGUGCCAUGCGUAUCAAAUCAUGAAGAAAGGCGGGUUAAGAGACGAGAACAUUGUUGUCUUCAUGUACGAUGACAUCGCCAACAACUCCGCCAACCCCAGGCCCGGGGUCAUCAUCAACAAUCCCAACGGCAGCGACGUGUACGCCGGAGUUCCAAAGGAUUACACCGGGAAGGAUGUGAAUGUGAAGAACUUCCUCGCCGUCCUGCUCGGCAACAACUCGGCGCUCACCGGCGGCAGCGGCAAGGUCGUCAAUAGCAGCCAGGACGACCACAUUUUUGUGUAUUACUCCGAUGAUGGCGGUCCAGGGGUGCUUGGUAUGCCAAUCGAUGAGGAUGAGAGGCUGUAUGCCAAUGACUUGGUGACAACUCUUGAGAAGAAGCACGCUGCCGGAACAUACAAGAGCCUGGCAUUCUAUGUAGAGGCGGCUGAAUCCGGGAGCAUAUUCGAGGGCCUCCUGCCGGCCAACAUCAGCGUCUACGCCACCACAGCCUCUAACGCAGUAAUGGGCAGCUGGCCCGCCUACUGCCCAGGCGAGGCCCCUCCAGAGUUCAUGACCUGCCUGGGUGAUCUCUACAGCGUCGCGUGGAUGGAGGACAGCGAUGCGCAUAGCCUUGGUAACGAGUCCCUCGAGUUGCAGUACGAGAAGGUGAAGAAUAGGGCCUACUACUCACCUGUGAUGCAGUACGGUGAUCUGGCUCUGAAUGCUCAGAACCUCUCCUUGUUCAUGGGCUCCUCCGACCCUGCCAACCACAGUUCCAUGGUCGGUGACAUAGAUAAUUCACUCAGGCAGUUUUCCCCUGUCGUGCAACAGCGUGAUGCUGAUCUUCUCUACUUCUGGCAUAAGUACCAGAAACCGUCUGAGGGAAUGCCCGAGAAAAGCAAGGCUCGGAAGGAACUGAUGGAGGUGAUGUCGCAUAGGUCUCAGAUGGAUAACAACGUCGAGCUCAUCGGCGGCAGCCUUUUCGGCACCGAGGAAGGUCCCCAAGUUCUAAAUGCCGUGCGCCCGACCGGCCAGCCUCUAGUUGAUGACUGGGACUGCCUCAAGUCUAUGGUACGCGGCUUUGAGGAGCAGUGUGGGUUGCUGCGACAGUAUGGAAUGAAGCAUACACGGGCAUUUGCCAACAUGUGCAACGCCGGCAUUGGCGCCGAGGCCAUGCGCAAGGCCGCGUCCAAGGCCUGCACAACUGCUACUCCUGCGUUCUGA